AUAUUUGCGAAUAGAUGUUUGCUUUGUGUGAGGUUGCAGUGUCAGAGCACGGUAUAACAGUGCUUUGACAGAGCGCUGCAUAUCUGACAGCGGAGCAAUGGCGCCAUUGCGAAUAGAGACACCGGCAAAAGAGGACGAUAAGCUUUUGUGCAUUCUGUAAACUAUUAUACAGAGUGAAAUAAAUGUCUGAGGUAACAGAAAACAUGGUGUCAGAAGUGGUCAACGGUUGAAAUAUUGUUCGACGUCAUCUAUAUCGUCGUAAACCGUUUUAAAACAAGAAAGGAAAUAAGCUGAGAGAAAAGCUUUCAUCAAGUAGCGACAGUACGCCAUUUUGGAUUCGAGACGGCAUCACGAACUAGAAAAUGGAUGCGCAACAGUUUGCUCAAUUUUUGGAUCACCAGACGAAAGCGAUUGGAAACAUGAUGAAACAACUAAACAUCCAGAAUACAGCGGGUCCUAGCAAAGAGUUGCUACAUGUUCCAUCAGUACCGAUGCCAUCACCGCUAUUGUUAGAGGGAGAUAUAGAAGAGAAUUUAGAUUUCUUCGAAAAAAGCUGGAAUGACUACGUGAAGGCUACGGGAAUGAACAAUUGGCCAGCGACGCAGGGAGAACAAAAGGUGAGCUACUUGCUAUCGGUUAUCGGAGAAGAAGCUAAAAAGAAGUACUUUAACUUUGAGCUCACUAAGGAGGAACGUGCUUCUCCAGAAACAGCCUUAAGUGCGAUAAGAAAGAAAAUUGUGCCGAAAAGGAACAUUCUUUUAGAUCGAAUGGAUUUUUUUAACGCAGAACAAUUGGGCAGUGAAUCUAUUGACGAAUUUUCCACAAGAUUAAAACUUCUUGCAAAAGUAGCUAAAUUGGGCCAAAUUAAUAACGAAUUAAUAAUGUAUAAACUCGCAACUGCUAAUAAAUGGCCCCACUUGCGACAGAAAAUGCUUUGUAUGACCGAUUUAACAACACAAACAAUAAUGGACAUUUGUAGAGUGGAAGAAAUUUCAUUGAAAAGAGUAAAUGCGACAGAUGGUGAAUCAUCAGUUAACAAGAUAACCAAACAUAACGAUAAACGUGGAAACAAUCUUCAAUUUAGAAAAUGCAAAUUCUGCGGUAAUGAGCAUGAGUUUAUAAAGGGUGCCUGUCCGGCUUAUGGAAAAAAGUGUCGUAACUGUAACGGAAAAAACCAUUUUGAAAAAGUUUGUCGAAAACGCUCAUUCAAGGUAAAGGAAGUGAAAGAUAUGUCGUCAAUAAAUGAUACCUCAUUUGAGGAUGAAGAACUGUACAUGGUUGGUAAAGUCAUUGAUAAUUCUUACAACGGAGGGAAUGUACAAGCUGAAUUAUUUUUUAAAUAUGAUAACAAAUGGAAAAAGGUACUAUGCGAAAUUGAUACGGGAGCAAGUACAUGUCUAAUUCGUCAAGAUCAUCUUAGGGAUCUGUGGAAAUCUAGCUUAAAAAUAUCGUCGUCACAGAAACGCCUACAGGCGUUUGGUGGAUUUCCUAUAAAGGUUAUGGGUGAAAUCAAAAUAGCAUGCCGUAGAUACGGGAAAUGUUACAACAUCGUGUUUCAAGUUGUGGAAGGUGAUCAUUGUCCAUUACUUUCAGCCAAAGUUUGUCGAGAUUUAGGUCUGAUAAAAUACUGUAAUAGUAUUACGGUACAUGAAUCAAUUUCUAAUACAAAGAAUUUAAUCAGCAUUUAUCGAGCUAAAGCUCACAAGAUAGCCGAAGAUCACCAGGAACUGUUUUCGGGAUAUGGUAAAUUAGAAGGAGAAAUCACUUUAGAAGUUGAUCAGUCCGUCACGCCAUCUAUACAACCACCAAGACGUAUUCCAAUCGCAAUGCGGGAUAAACUCAAAACCGAGUUAGUAACUCUAGAAAGGGAUGGAAUAAUAGCAAAAGAAACAGCCCAUACAGAUUGGGUAAGCAAUAUCGUACUUAUUCAAAAGGGUGAUCCAGAAAAAAGAAAUAUUCGGGUGUGCUUAGACCCAAUCCCUUUGAACAAAGCACUCUUAAGACCCAACCUCCAGUUUUCCACAUUUGAUGAAAUACUUCCCGAGUUGGGAAAAGCAAAAGUUUUCUCGACGGUAGAUGCAAGGAAAGGAUUUUGGCAUGUUUUAUUAGACGAAGAUAGUAGCAAAUUAACUACCUUUUGGACGCCAUUUGGCAGAUAUCGUUGGCUAAGAAUGCCGUUCGGAAUCGCUCCAGCACCUGAAAUUUUCCAAAGGAAAAUGAAAGAAGUAAUAGAGGGUUUGGAAAAUGUCGAGUGCAUAGCAGACGACUUGCUUAUUUAUGGUACAGGAGAAACGUUAGAAGAAGCUUUGAUAAAACAUAACAGAUGUUUAGAGAAAUUAUUUUGCCGACUAGCAGAACGUAACGUUAAACUUAACAGAGAUAAGUUAAAUUUAUGCCAAACUUCGGUUAAAUUCUUUGGUCAUGUUUUGACUAACCAAGGUCUACAACCAGAUGAAGCAAAAAUAUCGGCAAUCCGAAACUAUCCAACACCUUCUGAUAGCAAAGCAGUCCACAGAUUUAUUGGAAUGGUGAAUUAUUUAAGCCGAUUCAUACCGAAUUUAAGCACAAAUUUAACGAACCUGAGAAAACUUAUCAUAAAAGAUCAACCAUGGCGAUGGACGCAAGUGGAACAAAAAGAGUUUGACUAUGUAAAAUCUCUUGUAACUGAUAUAAGCACUCUAAAAUACUAUGAUGUGAACCAACCGUUAGUAAUCGAAUGUGACGCAAGUGGUUUUGGGCUCGGCGUAGCAGUGUAUCAAGACAAUGCAGUAAUUGGUUAUGCAUCAAGAACGUUAACCUCGACCGAAAAAAAUUAUGCUCAGAUAGAAAAAGAGCUAUUAGCCAUUUUGUUCGCAUGCAUUCGCUUUGAUCAACUAAUUGUCGGUAAUCAAAACACAAUAGUAAAGACCGAUCAUAAACCACUAAUCAACAUUUUCAAAAAACCACUUAUUACAGCUCCCCGUAGAUUGCAGAGAAUGUUGUUGAAUCUUCAAAGAUAUAACCUCACGAUACAAUUUGUCACAGGUAAAGAUAAUGUUGUUGCAGAUGCGUUGUCAAGAGGUCCAGAAGUAGAAAGUCAACUUUGGGACCAAUACAAGAAACUGAAUAUCUAUCGAAUAUUUGACGAAAUAGAAAAUAUCCCAUUACAAAAGUUCUUGAAAGUAUCAGAUACUCGUUUAAAAGAAAUUGAAGAGGAGACUAAACAAGAUGAAGCUAUGCAAUUAUUGAUACAGUUUAUUCGUAAUGGGUGGCCUGAUAACGUAGAUAAAGUGCCAGACAUAAUUAAACAAUAUUAUGGAUAUCGUAAUGAACUUGCAGUACAAGAUGAUAUAAUAUUUAGAGGAGAUCGCAUUUUGGUUCCCCAAAGAUUACGUCAUAAACUCAUUGAUCGUUGCCACUGGAGCCACAAUGGCAUUGAAGCUACACUGAAGUUAGCAAGGGCUAAUCUUUUCUGGCCCGGAAUGAGCUGUCAAAUCAAGGAAGUGAUAAGCAAGUGUAAUGUGUGUGCAAAGUUUGCAGAUUCACAACGCAAUCCACCAAUGAUGACCCAUAUCAUCCCAGUACAUCCUUUCCAAAUAGUGUCCAUGGAUGUAUUUUUUGCGGAAUAUCGCGGAAACAAGCGAAAUUUUCUAGUUACUGUUGAUCAUUAUUCCGAUUUCUUCGAAGUAGACAUUUUAAAGGAUAUGUCACCACAGUCUGUCAUUGCUACAUGUAAAAGAAAUUUUGCUCGACAUGGCAGACCACAGAGAAUUGUUACGGACAAUGGAACAAAUUUCGUCAACAAACAAAUGACAUCUUUUGCAAAAGAAUGGGAUUUUGAACACGUCACAUCAGCACCACACCAUCAACAGGCAAACGGAAAGUCGGAAGCAGCUGUUAAAAUCGCAAAACGAUUACUAAAAAAGGCUCAAGAUUCAGGAAUCGAUUUUUGGUUAGCGCUACUGAACUGGAGGAACAUUCCAAAUAAGAUAGGAUCUAGUCCCGCUGCUCGCCUCUUCUCAAGAUCGACCAAAUGUGGCGUUCCCAUCACGGGUAACAAUCUGCUUCCAAAAGUGGUCACAAACGUACCCUCGGCUAUUGAAAACCAACGGAGGAAGAUAAAGAGGCAUUAUGACAAGAAAACACGGACACUACCAGAACUCAAAAUAGGUUCACCUGUUUUUGUGCAACUAACACCAGACACAACAAAACAAUGGUCACCUGGAUAUGUUUCUGAACGUCUUAGCUCACGGUCGUAUGUCGUUGAUGUAGAUGGGCGAAAUUAUCGACGUACGUUAGUUCAUUUGAAGCCAAGGCAAGAAUCCCCUGAACGUACGACAUCAGAAGCAAUCAUCGAGGAAGAACAAUCCAUUCAGUCUCCCGAUUCCUUCCAAUCUUCAUUAACUGUUGAAACACCGAUGACAUCACAACAAGUUCGACCUAAACGUAACACAACGUUGCCGUCUAGAAUGAAAGACUACAUUAUGUAUUAAUUUUUUUAGUGUAAGGAGGAUGUUGUAUAUUUGCGAAUAGAUGUUUGCUUUGUGUGAGGUUGCAGUGUCAGAGCACGGUAUAACAGUGCUUUGACAGAGCGCUGCAUAUCUGACAGCGGAGCAAUGGCGCCAUUGCGAAUAGAGACACCGGCAAAAGAGGACGAUAAGCUUUUGUGCAUUCUGUAAACUAUUAUAGAGAGUGAAAUAAAUGUCUGAGAAAAAUCUUAUAGAA